CCCAUUCGGGAAAUGUCACUCCCACGGCCCCACCGUACUUACAAGAAAGCAGCCCCAGAGGUUGCUGAGAAACCCGGAAUACUGCUCACCUUGGCAUCUGUCCUUGAAAGGGCUUAGGUUGAAAAUAUGCAUCUCCUACCAUUCAUCCACCAGUGAUCUGUUCAAUCAGGAUUUUGCCUUACCAAAAGGAAUACGAGUUAAUCAAUAUUCCUAAUAUGUCUGAAAUUCCUGCCCUUCCUCAUUACUCCUACUUGUAAGGAGUGUGUGUUAGCUUUAGUUGUGAAUGAGGAGGAAUAGAAGGGAAGAUGGGAUGUUUUCAAUGCAUAUCUGGGUGAGAUUGAAAAUAACUUCUAAAAAGUAACCUAAGUUAAUACUGUAACAUUGAAAUAAGUAUCUAUUUUUCUUCUCAAGAUAGAAUCCCAUUGAUGGCAAUGAGAUCUGGAGAAAGAAGGGGGGGAUCUAUUUACCAAACUAUUCAGUUUAUUCGAAGAAUCUGUCUUUGUUCUAAGCCUUUUAGUUGAUUCCUAUAGGAGAAAUAAGGUGGGGUCAAGAGUUAUAGCAAAUGAAAGGCAAGACUUUAAAAAACCGCUUAGAGUACUGAAAAGAUUGGUCAAAUACGGCACUUGACAGCGUAGCUUAAGUGCGUCUCUCUCUUUUUUGGCUGAAUGUGAGAGAAGUUUAAAAACCCAAGGAGGCAAACAUUAAUGCUUUUGAAAAUAUGGGUGGAUCAUGUCUCUUGUAAUGCAACUUUUUCUAAGUUCAAGUCAGAAAUUGGAGCAGCUGUAAAUCAGGUUGAACUUGUCUAGUAUUUAAAAUUUCCAUUUAACAUGUUAUAACUUAAAAAGCAACAAUCUAGUUUUAAUCCUUAACUUAACAAGAAGCAGGACCAAGGAAGAAGAUGUUGAGCUGUGAAUAAUUCAGUGUGAUCUAUGAGUUGAGAAAUAAGAUGCAAAACGGAACAGGACUCACCCGCAGAAAACCCACACGUCAUCGUUGUUGGUCAGCAUUACACUUGUGUCAGAGAACACCAGCGGAACUCCCACCUCCAUAUACAGCCAUUGCUAGUCCAGAUGCCAGCGGCAUUCCAGUAAUAAACUGCCGCGUGUGCCAGUCUCUGAUCAACUUGGACGGCAAGCUUCACCAGCAUGUGGUUAAGUGCACGGUUUGCAAUGAAGCUACGCCAAUCAAAAACCCCCCAACAGGGAAGAAAUAUGUUAGAUGCCCUUGUAAUUGUCUCCUCAUUUGUAAGGACACAUCUCGGCGAAUAGGAUGUCCGAGACCCAACUGUAGACGCAUAAUUAACCUUGGCCCAGUAAUGCUUAUUUCUGAAGAACAACCAGUUCAACCUGCAUUGCCAAUCCAGCCAGAAGGUACAAGAGUCGUAUGUGGGCACUGUGGAAACACAUUCCUGUGGAUGGAACUGAGGUUCAACACUCUGGCAAAAUGCCCACACUGCAAAAAAAUUUCUUCAGUGGGUAGUGCACUUCCACGAAGACGCUGCUGUGCAUAUGUUACCAUUGGAAUGAUAUGUAUUUUCAUUGGAGUGGGAUUAACUGUUGGCACCCAAGAUUUUGCAAGGCGAUUUCGUGCAACCUAUGUUUCUUGGGCAAUUGCUUAUCUCUUAGGUUUGGUCUGCCUUAUCCGAGCUUGUUAUUGGGGAGCCAUAAGAGUGAGUUAUCCAGAACACAGUUUUGCAUAAGCUUGUUUAUGAUUCAGUGAUGCAGGUCAGAAUAUCUGGCAGUUCUUGAUAAGCUAUUCUGGACAUCUUUAAAUCAUUUAUCCUAAGGGAUUCUAUUCUGAUUUAUGUAUCAAGUUUCACGACUUGGGGAGUCUUUUAUGAACAAAUGCUCAUUGCACUACAUUAUAUGCAAAUAGUUUGUUUUGCUGCUAGAUUUUCAAGCUCUGAGUAAUAAAGCUGUGUUUUCAUGUUUUUUACAUCUCUUAAAGAUAUUUUUGGAUUUGUCACUAAACAUUACAUAUAACAUCACCUUUUCAUUAUUUUUAAAUCAGUUAUUCCAUUACUUGCUGAUCUGUGGGUAUUCCCAAGAAGUGUUUAUAAAUGUUUCUACAAUAGCUUCAUAUUUAUACUCACAUUUUUAAUUAAACAUUAUCAAAAUUGCUUGCUUUAAAAUCUCAGCAAUAUGCAUUUUGCUUGAACUGCUUACUGUAACUUUAACCUAAGAUCAUAAUGACCUUAUUCAGGAAAAAAAAUUGAGUGUACCUUCAAAGACUUGACAUUCUUGACAGAUAAAAACCAUUUCUAGAUACUGUAUGCUUGUUUUUUGUUGUUUGUAGAAAGAUACAAUAUUUUGGUAGUAAUUUAAAAUACAAGAAUGAAAAUAUUUAUUUGUCCACAGUUGGAGAUAAUGUUGGAUAAAUGUUUUUUCUCAAAGAUCGCAAGACUUUUGUCUUUCAUUUUUGUCUGUUUUUUAAUUUAACAAUUAUAAAAGUACUGGUCUAGAUUUAUGAAAUUUAAUGUUAAUCACUGUAUGUAUUCCUUUAUCGAGCCUGGAGGAAGCAUUUCACAUAACAUGUUUUAUAAUACUUAACCAUUUAAACAAAGGUAUAUUUACAUUGCCAUCCUUUUCAUUAGAUCAUGGUAGAUUUUUCUUAAUGGGAUAAUUAUGGACUACUUAUAUGUGAAAGGAGCCUACGACAUUUACACUAGCCAAAAUGUUGAAAUUAGAGGUAGUUACUUUUACCAUUCUUCUCAAAUAUAGCUGCUCAGAUAAUUACCCAAUUUAUUCAAGAAAAUAGAUCGAAGACAAAAAGCAACAUAGUUUUCUAAGAAUUCACUAGGAUUUAAGGAAUCAGCUGUCACACUGCCCAUCUUUGCAGUUUUGAAAAAGAAAUAGCUUAAUUAAGAAGUAAUGUUCUAAAGCUUUAAUGUAGUAGAAUUAGAUAAUGAGAUGAUCUGAGUAAAUUAAUUGGCUAUUCCAGGGAUAAGAAUAAUAUUUUAAUUACUUAUGUUCCUGAUUAGUAUAAAACUGUACUCAUCAGAGAGUUUGGAGCAAAAUACAUGUAAACUUCAAAGAGCAAAUGAUAAAUGUAUAAAUGCAGUAGCUCAGGAUUAUAUGUACCUUUGAAAAUACACUAAUAAAGAUUAUUGUUCAAAAAUUACCUGUUUUGUUCCAUUUUU